AUAGAUUUUGACCUCUGAUGCUGACACCUCAUAACUCAUAAGAGCCAGAUAUAGCUGAGUUUUUCUGAUUAUCGAAAAAUAAGUAGAGAAAAUUGAAUACGUUUCCGACCCAUUUCAGCUCACACAUUUCUCUUGUGAUUAAGUGGGACAUUAGCAUCCAAACCACAUGAAUAAUGCCAGAAAAGUUCUGGUCUUUACUGGUGAAAAAGUACAUUGCAACUUCUUGAUUUACUCUGUCUAGGAGUUAAGCUUCAGCUUUCCUGUUGAUGGUGGAUUUGUGCUUCUUGGGGUGAAGCUAUUUUAGUGUACUAAUGGGUUGGAGGACAUCUGGUGUAAUCUUUCUGGUAUUUCUCCCCUCAAUUUUGGCACAAAAUAUAGGAAAUGCAGUACUGCUCAUUGAUUCAACAGCAAAAUUUGCUGAGACAGAUACUAAUUACAUAUGUGCCACCAUUGAUUGGUGGCCUAAAGAGAAAUGCAACUAUAACCAGUGCCCAUGGGGAUCUUCAUCUCUUCUAAAUCUGGACUUGUCUCAUCCUUUUCUCUCCAACGCCAUUCAAGCUUUCAAGAAUUUAAGAUUAAGACUUGGAGGUUCUUUGCAAGACCAAGUUCAUUAUGAUGUUGGAAACAUUUCUUGCACACCAUUUGUGAAACAGAAGGAUGGGUUGUUUGGAUUUUCAAAGGGUUGCUUACAUAUGAAAAGGUGGGAUGAGUUGAAUAGCUUUUUCAAAAAGACAGGAGCACUUGUGACCUUUGGCGUCAAUGCACUAUAUGGGAGGCACAAGAAUAGAAGGGGUGUUUGGCAAGGGGAAUGGGAUUCUAGCAAUGCCCAUGAUUUUAUUAAAUACACAAUCUCUAAGGGAUACCAUAUAGAUUCAUGGGAAUUUGGUAAUGAGUUGAGUGGGAAGGGAGUUGGCGCCAGUGUUGAUGCUGAACAGUAUGGGAAAGAUGUUUCUAAUCUGAAUUCUAUCAUCAUUGAAGAGUACAAGAGUUUCCAUCCUAGACCUUUUGUCUUAGCACCAGGGGGUUUCUUUGAUAAGGACUGGUAUUCUAGGCUCCUUCUAGUUUCAGGUCCUCAAGUUGUUGAUGUCCUGACCCAUCACAUCUAUAACCUGGGUGCAGGAGUUGACCACAAUCUUAUUAAUAAAAUCCUGAACCCGCACUACUUGAGUAAGAUAGAGGCCACUUUUGGCAAUCUUAGCAGAAUCAUCCAGACCGAUGGUCCUUGGGCUUCUGCUUGGGUUGGUGAAGCUGGGGGAGCUUUUAACAAUGGUGGUCGUCAUGUUUCUGAUACUUUCGUUAACAGCUUCUGGUAUUUGGAUCAGCUCGGUUUGGCUGCUAAGUUUGACACUAAAGUGUAUUGUAGGCAAACCUUAAUUGGUGGAAACUAUGCUCUCCUCGACACAACUACAUAUGUUCCAAAUCCAGAUUAUUACAGUGCAUUGCUCUGGCAUCAGCUUAUGGGAAGUGGAGUUCUUUCUAUUGACAGCAAUGAACCAUACUUGCGCUCUUAUGCUCACUGUUCAAAACAAAAAAAAGGAGUAACUUUACUCCUGAUCAAUUUAAGCAAUGAAACUGCAUUCAGUGUCGAUGUUGAAUCUGUCACACAUACAGACUUGCCCGUAGAAGAAAAAAACAAGAAAAAGUCUUUUCUGCAUAAUCUUAAGAAGACUGUUUCCUGGGUUGGAAGUAAAGCAGCAGAUGAAGAUCUGUUCCGAGAAGAAUACCACUUAACUCCCAAAGAUGGAGAUAUUCAAAGCAAAACCAUGCUGCUAAAUGGAAAACCAUUAAAACUUACUGAUGGAGGAGGCAUUCCAACUCUUGCUCCAGAAUUUGUGGAUCUAAAUUCUCCUGUAUUCAUUGACCCUUUGUCCAUCAAGUUCAUCGUAUUGCCCAAUUUUGGUGCUCCAGGCUGUAGGUGAAGCUUCUUUACUCCCCAGCAUCUGUUGGUGUAAGUCUUGCUGUAUUUUUAUGCUAGGAGAAUCAUUUUGGUUUAUAGUGUAUAUGUGUUCUUGAAGCAGUUGUAGUGAAUAAACCUGCAAAUGUAUAUCAGGUGAUCGCUAGUGAAAGUAAUGCAAAUGUUUGCGAGAAAAAAGGCGACUACCUCUGUGAAUUUACCCUUGUAAUCGAAUGAAUCCAUAUCUAGUGCUGUGUUAAUAUGCUAGAGAAUUGGACAUAGCCUGAUGCUGAUUUCUAUUCCUUGUGUUUCUCACUAAUAGGUUGAGGGGACAUCUUA